AUGGAAUUAAAAUCAUUUACAUUUAAAGUUUCAAAUGUUAAAAAAUCAAAUAUUGAAAUAAAAGAUUUAGAUAUAUUUGAUAUAGUUAAUCCAAAAGAAAAUGAAUUUAUUCCACUUGCAGAAAGAAAACAAACACUUAGCUUUAAUGAUAAACCUCAAGAAAAAAGGAUUGUAAAAUCAUCAUUUACAAAACAAUCUAAAUAUAUUGGAAUUAAUUCAUUUAUAGUAUCUGCAAUAAAAGCAUAUUCACAUCAUCAUCACUUAGUGAUAAGAGUUGAUGAUAUAUGGAUGGCAAUAUUAAAUCAAUUUUCAAUUUAUGUUAAUUCAAAUGCAGAGAUAUUAAGAGAAAAGUUUGUUGAUUUCAAUGGAAAGAAAACAUUGACAGUGACUAGUAAUGUUCCAAUUUUAAGUGCACCCCUUGAUCAAUUAACAAUUCAAAUGGCUGAAAAUAUAAAAUCAAAUAUUAUUGAUCCAUCCAUUAGAGAUUUGAUUAUUGGUGAUUUUAGUACAACUACAGAAAAUGAUCGAGUUGUAUAUUCUGCAUCAUUAAUGUCAACUUUUAAAAGUUAUUUUGAUUAUAGGUAUAUGACAUUUUGUGGUUUACCAAGUGUUACAUUGCAAGGAUCAACUGAAGAUUGGUUAAAUUUAAAACAAAGAAUUGAAAGAUUAAUUGAUUUUGAAAUUGAUAGUAGUAGUAAGACAGGUGAAAUGAAAGAAUGGGUUAGUAUGUUACAUCCAAUAAUAGAUCAAUUCAUUUCCACUUCAAUGGGUAAACCAAAUAUUGAAUGGUGGAAUCAGAUCGCUGAUAAAAAACAAUCAUCUGGUAGUGUAAAUUUAACUGGUUGGAUCACUGUAUUUUGUGUAUAUGAUAAAAAUGGUAAAUGGAUUGGUAAAAAAGACACAACAAAUUCACAAUGGUUAAGAAUAAACUUUGAUUCCAUCCCAUUAGGUUAUCUAUCAACUCCAAUAACUUUAAUAGAUUUUGAUAGACAAGAAUAUAAAUGUGAUCUAUUAUCUGGUCAUAUGGCAAUUAAUAUUGAUUUAAAUGAUCAAACAAUUUUAAAACCAUCAUUAGAUUGGGUAAUUAUUAAUUAA